AUGGAGAAAGUAGUGAGAAGCUCUGGGCAUGAUCUUGAAAUAAAUGCCACUGAGCUAGUUAAAUCUCAAGCCCACAUUUGGAACCAAAUCUUCAACUUCAUAAACUCCAUGUCCCUCAAAUGUGCCAUUCAAUUAGGUAUACCAGAUGCCAUUUAUAGUCAUGGCAAGCCCAUGAUUCUUUCACAACUCAUAUCCUCCUUGCCAAUCCACCAAAAUAAAAGGCCUGAUUCUCGUUUGAUCUACCGCCUCAUGCGCAUCUUGGUCAACUCCGGCUUCUUUGCUCUCGAAGAAGUCGUCGUUGGGGAAACCAACCUAUUAGAAGAAGGUUAUGUCCUCACAAAUGCUUCCAAAUUACUUCUUAGGGACAAUCCCUUGAGUGUCACACCCUUCUUGUUGUCUAUGCUUGACCCUAUUAUGACUAAGCCUUGGCAUUCUAUUAGCACUUGGCUCCAAAGUGAUGAUCCUACUCCAUUUGCCACAACACAUGGGAAGGAAUUUUGGGACUACAAUGAGUAUGAUCCCAGGCUGGGAAAUUUGUUCAAUGAGGCCAUGGCUAGUGACGCGCGAUUGGUCACGAGCGUGGUGAUCGAGAAGUGCAAAUCCAUGUUCGAGGGAUUGGAAUCCUUGGUUGAUCUUGCAGGAGGCACUGGGACGGUGGCCAAGGCCAUUGCAUAUGCAUUUCCUCAUUUAGCAUGCACUGUGUUUGAUCUACCCCAUGUUAUUGCUGAUUUGCAGGGAAGUAAGAACUUGAAAUUUGUUGGUGGGGACAUGUUUGAUGAAAUUCCUCCAGCAGAUGCAAUUUUCGUGAAGUGGAUAUUACACGACUGGAGUGACGAAGACUGUGUAAAAUUACUGGAGCGAUGCAAAGUGGCAAUUACAUGCAAAGGCAACAAAAAUGGGAAAGUGAUUUUAGUAGACAUGGUCAUUGUGGAGGAGCAAAACAACAAGGACAUUGGUCAUGAUCAUCAUGCUCAUGAUCAUGAUCAUCAGUCGUACGAAACUCAACUCUUCUUUGAUAUGUUGAUGAUGGUGUUACUCUCUGGCCGAGAGAGGAAAGAGACAGAGUGGGCUAAGCUCUUUUUUGAUGCAGGGUUUAGCACUUAUAAGAUAACUCCUAUUUUGGGUGUUAGAUCUCUCAUCGAAGUUUUUCCGUAA